AAGACGUAGGUAAUUGUAACUUGGUGCAACUUGGGAUUUUUUUCUCUUGUGCAAAAGAAUCUGACACAAGGAAUCUUGGAGGACAACAACAUUAAGUUGAGUUACAUCACAAAGGGAAGGAAAGGGCAAGAACUUUCAAUUCAGAGGACUAAAUGAACUUCAAAUGACCUUUUAAUAGCAGCUGAGGAGAGAUUCUCUUUUCUUCAGGGCUUAUUAUCAAGCAUUUUAACCUUCUUUUUACAAUUUUUUAUUCUGCAAUAUAAUCCUUUGGGAAUUGCAUAGUCAAAAUGUCCACAAAUGGAAUAAACACAGCUCUAAAGCUCCAGUUUGGACUUAUCAGUCACGGAAGUCGUUACCUCACAGCAGAGGCAUUUGGGUUCAAGGUAAAUGCAUCUGGAACCAGCAUGAAGAAGAAGCAGAUCUGGACCCUGGAGCAGGACCAGGAUAGCCAGGUGGUUUUCUUGCGUAGUCAUCUUGGACGUUAUCUUGCCUCGGAUAAAGACGGCAAGGUAAGCUGUGAGGCGGAAGUGCCAGACACUGACUGCCGUUUUUUUAUUGUGAUCCAGUCAGAUGGACGCUGGGCUUUGCAGUCCGAGCCAUACUCUCGUUAUUUUGGAGGCUCUGCAGAAUACCUGUCCUGUUUUGCCCAGACCAUUGGGGAGUCCGAGCUGUGGGCAAUGCAUCUUGCUCUCCAUCCACAAGCCAACCUGCUAAGUGUUGCCCGCAAACGCUACGCUCACCUGUCCACCGAAGUUGACGAGCUCUGCAUGGACAGCAACAUACCUUGGGGAGUGGACUCCCUGGUCACCUUGGUCUACCUGGAUGGGAAAUACAGUCUGAAGACCUGUGACAACCGCUUUCUCAGCAACGAUGGCAAGCUGGUGAUGGAUAAUGGGCCUAACACCAGUUUUACCCUGGAGCUCAAGUCUGGCAAGUUGGCCUUCAAGGAUUGUGAGGGGAAGUACCUAACCCCAAUGGGACCCACAGGUACCCUCAAGUGUGGGCGCUGUUCAAGGCCAGGGAAAGAUGAGCUGUUUGAUCUGGAAGAGAGUCAUCCACAAGUUAUUUUCCAGGCAGCCAACAAAAGAUACGUGUCCAUUCGGCAAGGUGUUAGCAUCUCAGCUAAUCAGGAUGAUGAGACAGAUACAGAGACGUUUCUGAUGGAGAUUGACAAAGACAGUAAGAAGUGUAUGUUCAGAACCAACGGUGAAAAUUACUGGACACUCGUUACUCACGGAGGCAUUCUGUCCACGGCCACAGAACCAGAGGAAAACACCAUGUUUGACUUUGAGUGGCUGGGCCGGCGUGUCGCUUUGAGGGCAAGCAAUGGAAAAUAUGUCUGCACGAAGAAAAAUGGACAGCUCGCUGCUGUCAGUGAUUCUUUGGGGGAGGAUGAGAAGUUUGUGCUAAAGCUGAUUAAUCGUCCUAUCCUGGUCUUGCGUGGAGAAAAUGGCUUUGUGUGUCACCACAAGGGCUCCAACACACUGGACGCCAACCGCUCUGUUUAUGACAUCUUCUCAUUGCUGUUCAGCGAUGGAGCAUACCAGAUAAAAAGUGGAAAUGGAAAGUUCUGGUAUGUCUCAAGCAGCGGUCUGGUGUGCACAGAUGGGGACAAGCCUGAGGAUUUCAUCUUUGAGUUUGUGGAGUAUGGACGGGUCGCCAUUAAGGGUCAAAAUGGCAAGUACCUGCGUGGAGAUCAGGGAGGCACACUGAUGGGUGAUGGUCUCAGUGUUGAUGUCAAUUCACUUUGGGAACACUGAGUGCUGACCACAGAAUCACAUGAAAACAGCUACAGACUGAUGGAGAGACAAAGAGUCCCCAUGAUGACACUGGCUUAAAGCUGAUGUUUUAGCAAUACUUUUUUCUUUCACUUUCUUUCUUUUAGCUUUUUUUGCUGCAACUUUUGAUUCACCAAUCUUGGGCUUUUCACAAUUGUAAUUUUUAAUCCAGUGUCAUUCUACACCAUGGGUAAACAAAAUCCUGGGUUAUCUUGUUUCAUGUUUUACAUUGUUCAUACUUUACCCUGGUUUAGGAAUUAAUCCAGGGUUUUCGCGUUUCUAGAUUUCACAUUGUACUGUAUGUACUGUAUGUAAACCCUGAGUUAACAUUCUUUUUAUAUAUUGCUGUUCAAUUUCUGAAUGGUUGUCUGUUGCUGAACAACUGGCAGUGACUUUUUAGCACUGCAUAGUUUCACACUGUAUAACUUUAGCACAACAAUUCAAGGUUAGCGGUACAUAAGCGGUUCUAAAUCUGCUCUGGAGAUGCGCUUCAUAAUCCAGGGUUAAAAGCGGUGCGAACUCCCUUUCAUAUUUUGUGAAAUAUUGCUAAACCUGGGGUUAAAUAUAUAUUUCAUCCAAAAAUUAAAAGUCUCUCAUUAUUUACUCAUUAUUUACCCUUAUGACAUCCUGGAUGCGUAUGACUUUCUUUCUUCAGCAGAACACAAAUGAAGGUUUUUAGAAGAAGCUCUGUAGGUCCAUACAAUGCAGGUGAAUGGGUGCCAAUAUUUUGAAGCACUAAAAAUCACAUAGGUUAGCAUAAAAGCAUAAAGACUCCAGUGGUUAAAUCAAUGUCUUCAGAAGCAAUUUGAUGUGGGUGAUAAACAGAUCAAUAUUUUUGUCAAAUAUGUACUAUAAAUUCCCUGCUCAGUCAAUCUCCACUCUAACAUAUGGAUUACUUUUAUGCCUUUAUGUGCUUUUUGGAGCAUCAGAAUUUUGGCACCCAUUCACUUGCAUUGUGAUAACCUACAGAGCUGAGAUAUUCUUCUUUGUGUUCUGCUGAAGAAAGAAAGUCAUACAAAUCUGGGAUGGCAUGAGGGUGAGUAAAUUUUCAUUUUUGUGUGAACUAUCCCUUUAAACAUAAUGUGAAAAGCUCUUCUUAUAAAUUACUAUUUAUUACUUUUUAAACAACAAUUGCCACUAGUUGGUUAUUGAGAUUGUUGUACUGAAGACAAGUCAUAUCCAUCUAUGCAGAUGGUGGAACAGUUUAAAGUUUCACACAUCCAAUUUGGUUUUCAAAUCUGAUCUAUAGGACUUACUGUCCACACUGUUAUUUUGCAAGUGAUGAAAUAUGAUCUGUUUGUUCUGAGAUUGGAGUCAAUAUCUGGUGUAUCUACUGUAUAUUACUGCACAGAGUAGCUGUCAGUGUGAAGACAAAAGACGGAAAACUGGACAUUUUGCAUCUGCUCAAGUCCAUCAUGACAUCUCGCCAUGGUGCGGAAUGAGAAGAGAACAUACGCAUCAAAUGCAUUUUACACAUUCAUGCAUAAACUGUACUGUGUACAAAACCACUGACUCAUUUUCUCAUUCACUAUACACUACAAUGUGAAAGUCACAUAAGUCACUUUUCCACCAUCAGGCCAAAAGAUGUAAUGGUUCCCAGCCCAGAUUUCUCAGCACGGUAAGCUAACUGUACUUAACUGUGCUGGUGGAACGACUACAGUAUAGUGACAUGGCAACUCACGAUUGGUCGCUUGCCCAGUCAGUCCAAUACUUAAUUCUUUUUCUUUGCAGCACCACAGUGGGAAAAGAAAUUGUAAUUGUGCCAACAAGCCCAAAUCCAUUCAGGGUUCUGCAAUGGUGACCAUUCAUAUCAAUGGUGGAAAAGCAGCUAUUAACUCCUUAAAAGGAUUAUAAUGGCGCUGUAAACCUUGUCCCAUAAAUGAAACUGCUUUUGAGUAAACCUCCUGAGAGGCCUUAACAAUUCCCAGCAUGCCCUCAUAUUUGUUAAUUGUUUCCUGUAUCCUAAAAGGAUCCUUGCAAUUUUAUGUUGACAGAUACAUUGAAUGUAAUUCAUUUUAAUUUUUUACAUUUUAAGUCUCUAAACAUAUGACUUGCUACAUUGUUUUCGAACAUUUCUGAACAUUCUGGUUAAGACUGAACAAAAGAAGGUGAAUAUCUUAAUGUGUUUCUGUGAGUUUACUUAUACAAAUACUUAAUUAUUUAUGUUUGAUUAAACAUAGUAAUUACAAUUAAAUAAAUGGACACGAUUUCUCAAUAAAUAAGUAUAAAAAUUAUCCUUCUUUCUGUAAAGCUCUAAAGAAAUACCAGAUGGUCACAGUGUUGAAGAUGCACUCAGUAAUUUUGUCCUUAUUAAAGAAAGU